UCUGCUGGAAACCACAGCUUCAGCUCCACCACAUAGUCCUCCCCCAGCAUUGGUUGAUAAAAGAGCAAGAGGAAGAUCUCUGCAACCAGCAGAGGAACUUCCGAGUGGCACAGAAUGAUCCAGAACCUACACAGACAAAAGAGGAACUGGGGGAACCAGAACUUCAACAGAGAGAAGAGGAGCAGGAAGAACGAGAACCCCAACAGACUGAGGAGAAGGAGGAACCACAAACUAUACAGAUUAAGGAGACUUGUACCUUGAUGGAGAUUUCUACUUUUGAGGGACAUGUUUUUACAGAAUCAGAUGGAAACAAUCAGCAGAGCUUUACUGUAACUGAUAGUCAGGAUGAAGAAGGAAACCAACAUGAAGAAUCAACUCCAGAUGAAGAGAUAGAGCCACAGAAAGGAGAUCAGAGGAAGAGAAGAGACAGAAGUUAUGUCCAAAGUGUGGGUGGCUCUCACAGUCAGUGUGACUUCAAUGUUCAAGACAAGUUCAAGAAAGCAACUUUGGUUAAGAAAACCAAACAAUCCCCAAAAGAAAAGAGACUGUUGCAUAUAAAUUAUAGUAAAGGAACAAGAACUGUUCAUAAUAUGUCUGCUCACAUGAAAACUAAGUCUGAUGAAGGACCUUAUGUCUGUAAAGAAUGUGGUAAAAAUUUUGGCUCGUGGUUCAAAUUUAGAACUCACAUUACAACUCACACAAGAGAGAAGACUUUUUCUUGUAAAGAAUGUGAUAAACAUUUUAGCCUUUUAUCUUAUCUCAAAACACACAUGAGAACUCACGGUGGAGAGAAACCUCUUUGUGGUAAAGAAUCUGAUAGGAGUACUAAGCAAAGAACUUCCCUCAAAGCACACAUGAGAACUUGUAUAGAAGACAAGCUUUUUACGUGUAAAGAAUGUGACAGAAGUUUUAGUCGAAUAUAUAAUCUCAAAUCACACAUGAGAACUCAUACAGGAGAGAAGCCUUUUACGUGUAAAGAAUGUGAUAGAAGUUUUAGAAAUACUUCUCAUCUCAAAUCACACAUGAGUACUCAUACAGGAGAGAAGCCUUUUACGUGUAAAGAAUGUGACAGAAGUUUUAGACGAAUAUAUCAUCUCAAAGAACACAUGAGUACUCAUACAGGAGAGAAGCCUUUUUUGUGUAAAGUAUGUGAUAGAAGUUUUAGAAAUAUUUAUCAUCUCAAAUCACACAUGAGAACUCAUACAGGAGAGAAGCCUUUUACAUGUAAAGAAUGUGACAGAAGUUUUAGUCGAGUUUGUAAUCUCAAAAAACACAUGAGAACUCAUACAGGAGAGAAGCCUUUUACGUGUCAAGAAUGUGACAGAAGUUUUAGUCAAAUAUCUCAUCUCAAAUCACACAUGAGAACUCAUACAGGAGAGAAGCCUUUUACGUGUAAAGAAUGUGACAGAAGUUUUAGUCAAAUAUCUCAUCUCAAAACACACAUGAGAACUCAUACAGGAGAGAAGCCUUUUACGUGUAAAGAAUGUGACAGAAGUUUUAGUCAGAUAAGUAGUCUCAAAGAACACAUGAGAACUCAUACAGGAGAGAAGCCUUUUACGUGUAAAGAAUGUGACAGAAGUUUUAGUCGAACAUCUAAUCUCAAAAGACACAUGACAAUUCAUACUGGAGAGAAGCCUUUUACACGUAAAGAAUGUGAUACGGAUUUUUGUUAAUCAUCUCAUCCUAAACAUUAGAACUCACACAGGGGAGAAGCCCUUUUUUUGUAAAGAGUGUCAAUAACAUUUUAGUCAUAUGCAUAGUCUCAAAUACACAUGAGAACUCAUACACGAGAGAAGCCUUUUUCUUGUAAAGAAUGUGACAAACGUUAUAGUCAAACAGUCUCAAAACACACAUGAGAACUCACAGAGGAGAGAGGCCUUUCCCUUGUACAGAAUGUGAUUAAAGUUUUAGACGGCUAGCUAAUCUCAAAAUACACAUAAGAACUCGUACAGGAGAGAAGCCUUUUUUUAGACAAACAUUUUAAUUAGCAGUGAAGUUAAAAUUUACAACUUAAAGAAAAGGAAAAUUCACAGCAAGUAUGAGGAAGAGAAGAAAGUAAUUUAUAUAAAAAAUUGAAUUUUUUUUUUAAAAUAUUCUUUUCCUUUUUUAAAAGAAAGAAUAAUUUUCCUAAGAUUUUAAAUAUGUAACCCAUUUUUUGGUGAUCUUAUUUAAGAGGUAAUGAAAACACAAGGUUUUCCUUCUCAUAAAUUUGAAUUUAAAACAUGAAUAAAUAUUCAAAACUCUAGAGGGCCCACGCAAAUCUGCUAAAUAACUCCCAACAGUUGCUGAGCCUUAAAAGAGCCUAUAUCGUGAAAAAUCCCCUUUUUAGAGCUUUUAAGUAUAUAAUAAUGUUAUUCCCUCACACAAAAAACACUAGCAAAGCAGUAUGUUGCUCGAUUUAUCUCUGAGCAAUGCUCUUCAACCUUGCUCUCUGAGUACCCAGCCCAAACCCUGAAAUGACUGGGUCUUCAUAUUCAUACAUAUGAAUGUGGGGGAGCAGGAAGUGUGUGCACCCAGCACCCCCCUCAUGCUAAACACCUUUAAAACUUCUGGAAUUUAAAACUUCUUUUCAGAAGUGGUUCUGCUAGCACCUUUUCUGCACAGACAGCAAAGGCUCGCUCGGCCCACAAAGAGCGAAGGUGGUGCCUCAGUGAGUGAACUUUCUUGCAGUCAAGAAGAAAAAGGAGUUUGCAGAAAUAUAGCAUUCCCCUUUAUUCCCUGGGAUAAGGGACCGAGACAUCUGCGAGUGGGUGGGGUGGGGGGGGGUCACCGUUUUCUUUAUAUCCGUUCCCCUCUUGGGAAAUUCCUACCACACCUUUAGGAACAAAAGUUACAUAGAAGCAUCUUGAGUCGUCUUAGUUUUUGUGAUGAACUGGAGAAGUCACAUGAUAGAAACAUUUUAUAAAUACGUGAAUUGAUGAAUACUGAAAAGCGAAUAAGCAGGGCAACACAGUAACUCAUUUACAUUUUUAGAUUUAGAUUUAUUUCAAACAUGUAAAGAAAAAAAUACAAAGCAUAAAACACAGAAAAAAACCCCAAAAAAACAAUACAAUCUCCAUUUGUAAAGAAAAAGUCACAA